AUUAAAAACAGCAUACCGGAGGUGUUAUCACAAACUGUAGAUGUCGUACACCUCCCAUGAGAUUCCUGCGUCUCUCUUACCAACUUGUGAGACGGCCUCAGUCUCGCGGUGUUUAUGAAGGGCUCUCCCUGUGGGUGUCAUACACAGGUCUGAUGCUGCAGCUGCUGCUUCCUGUAUUGAAACACCACCAGACAACCCUUUUCGCUUCAGAGCCCCGCACCCUGAACUAAAAACACGGAGGAAUUUGUAUCUCCGACGCUGUCGUCCUGCCACUUGUGUCGGUCUCCCGGUAAAAAACCGUGGUUGGCCUGUGGUCUCGUGAAAGCUGAGAAGCGAGGGGGGGCUGCACAUUUAGGACUCACAGACGCAGGGCACGAUUUUUCCUGGAGCUGGUGCUAGCUAGUAGCAGCUAGGUGGCUAAUGGCUAGGAGCAGCAGGUAGAUAACCCAGAAGAAAGCAGACAAAUUGAAAUGUUUUUACUCCAUAAGCUAUAGGUGCACCGGAAAAACAACCUGACCUUUAAAGAGCACCUCGGAAUGAUACGAUUUACCCAAAUAGUUGACUGACAUGCUACCUAAAGUAUUCUAACUUUGCUAACAUUAGCUAGCCAAGUUACUAGCCACCAAGAGCUGUUCCUGUUGCUUUUUCACACUGAGUUUCGAACAAGGAAAAGACUAGAUAAGCAGCUUCACAGCUCGUUGUAAGUUAGUGCAUUAUUUGAGAAAGUGUUUUAGGGUUAAUAUUUGAAAUGGCUCCUAAAAGAAGACCCGUUCCCCUGAACAUAACGCCCAUCGGGGAGGGACAGGCCACCUCCAACACCAUUGAUGCUGCAUCUGAAGCCAACCUCGAGGCCUUACAAAAGAAGCUGGGUGAGUUGGACCUGGAUGAACAACAGAGGAAACGACUGGAGGCCUUUCUGACCCAGAAAGCUCAAGUUGGGGAGCUGAAGGAUGAGGAUUUCGAGCCCAUAUGCGAGUUGGGCGCUGGAAACGGAGGAGUGGUCAACAAGGUCCGCCACAAACCCUCGGGUUUGGUCAUGGCUCGAAAGUUGAUCCACCUGGAAAUCAAGCCUGCCAUCAGAAACCAGAUUAUCAGAGAGCUGCAGGUGCUGCAUGAAUGCAACUCCCCCUACAUUGUGGGCUUCUAUGGGGCCUUUUAUAGCGAUGGGGAGAUCAGCAUCUGUAUGGAGCACAUGGAUGGUGGAUCCUUGGACCAGGUCCUGAAGGAAGCCAGAAGAAUCCCAGAAGAAAUCCUGGGGAAAGUUAGCAUAGCUGUUUUGAGGGGAUUGGCCUACCUGCGGGAGAAGCACCAGAUCAUGCACAGAGAUGUCAAGCCCUCCAACAUCCUGGUCAAUUCCCGCGGGGAGAUCAAGCUUUGCGACUUUGGUGUGAGCGGCCAGCUCAUAGAUUCCAUGGCCAACUCCUUUGUUGGAACACGCUCCUACAUGUCGCCGGAGAGACUGCAGGGCACACACUACUCUGUUCAGUCUGACGUGUGGAGCAUGGGUCUGUCCCUGGUGGAGCUGGCGAUUGGCCGCUACCCCAUCCCCCCACCAGACGCCAAAGAGCUGGAGAACAUCUUCGGACGGGCCAUUAUGGACGGGGCUGAGGGAGCGCCUCACACCAACAUGCAGAGGCCCAGACCACCGGGCCGGCCUGUGAGCGGACAUGGGAUGGACAGUAGACCAGCUAUGGCCAUCUUUGAACUUUUGGACUACAUUGUGAAUGAGCCACCCCCUAAACUGCCACUUGGGGUCUACACCAAUGACUUCCAGGACUUUGUGACAAAAUGGUGUCGUUUGUGUCUGCAGUUUGAUCAAAAACCCGGCUGAGAGGGCAGAUCUGAAGAUGUUGAUGAGUCACACGUUCAUCAAACGAUCAGAAGUGGAGGAAGUGGACUUUGCCGGCUGGUUGUGCAAAACCAUGGGCCUCAACCAGCCCAGUACUCCCACCCGCGGCACUGAGUGAACAGGCCCCCACUGCCCUAUCACGCCCCGGGGUCUUGCUUGCAUACACGUACACAAGCCAUCACACACAUUGGCACUUUUUUCCAUCUUGCUCUUGGUAAAAUGGUUUUGUCCCUUCCCCCCCCCCCCCCCCCCCUCCCCAAUUUAUUUCUUCACCAGCAGCCAGGCCCUUUGAGUCAUUGUACUGUAAGACCACAGCUUCACCAUGCCAGUGUCAAAAGGUAGCCACAGCUCACUUCUCCACCAUGCUACAGAGGAUGUAAAGCACUUAAGGGCUGCCAUUGUGUCAGCUGAAUUUGCAUUGAUUGACAAACUUCUUUUGUAUUGUUGAAUAUUCUGUAUUAGUCUAUUCUAUGGCAACAGCUGAUGGCUUGUGGAACAUGUAUUUUAAUAAAUUACCUGCUGUUGAGAUUUCAAAACAGAAAUCCAAACAUAUCCCCUUCUUGCAAAUUCUAAAUUAGUUUUAUUGAAGGUGAAUGCUGCUAUUUUGAUUUAAAAUCCCUUUGUCAAACUUCUAUCUGCUAAAAUGUUCUCUGCAGAGACCUUGCAGUUACCUCCCAAUGUAAUGAUUACAUUUGAUAGUAGAGAGUGCAGGACAAAUCGGCGUAUACGGAGUCAUUUUCACUUUUUGGUGAAUGAGCGAUCACUUUGUGAACAAUGUCACAAACCAAAGAGGGUACUCAUGACAGUGUUGCAAUGCCUGAUCAGUUAUUUUUCUCGUAUGCACAUUCAUGAACAUCAUAUCAGUGUACUUUGAAUGUUUUUGAUUUAUUUCAUUCAGUGAUCUACACUUUUGAUUGUUUCCUCAACAUACAUGCGCAUCCCACGCUGUCACUCUCUCACGGGAGGAGGCUUAUGCUGUGGAGGCCCGACAUAUGCCAUAAUGUCGUUAUUGACAUUGAGAAAACAAUGAUCAAAAUGUAUUCAUGGGAUGAUAUAGCAUGGGUUAUUAUCUUCCAAAUACUGUAUGUGUAUUGUAUUUCCCAAGAUCAUGAUGGGGAUGAUUAGCUGGUGUUUUUAUCAAAAUCCUGAAUCUCUGCAAUGUCAAUAUGAGAUUUCAAUCACGUUGACUGAAUUUAACUUUAUUUUCCUCUUUGUUGUUGGUCUGUACUUUCCCCCUGAGGUGUAUUUGGUUAUGUUUUCACUGUACUGCUAUGUGUGACGCUCCAAGCUUUCUCUUGGGACACAACCAGCCUAGAGGCAUGCUUUUGGAAAAGACUUGUGUUGAUAUACAUUUCAGAUCCUUUUCCCUGUGAUUUAACCCAAUUAAUUGUGGUAAAAAUACAACCCAACAUUGAGUGGUGCUUCAGAUGUUUCAAGUACUAAAAAGGGUUUGACUGAACAUUUUAACCCAGGUCAGUGUUGGUCACAUGAUGGUGAUGUUACUUGCUAGCCUGUCGUCUUGCUAGAGCACUUGCAUUCUCUCUGCUUAUGGCUGACCUUUCUUAUUCCCCAAAAAAAUGUGCAUUUGUUCAGAGCAUAAAUGAAUGCAUUGUCACUUGUAUGUGUACAAAGCUAUAUUCAAAAGUCACAGGAGUACUAUUUUGCAGUCUUAAUAUACAAAUUUUUGAUUUAUGUAAAUGACAAGGGAGAAGAGUCAUUUUAUUAUAAUAUAAAAAUGUUGGAUAUGGUUAUAAUGUAUACAAAAGAUUAAAAAUAAAACCUAUUUGUGAAUGUAC